UACUCUCUCUCCCCAACAUAUUUCAGUUCGUCUAGCUUUCUCUCUCUUACUCCUCCAUAACAGAUUCUCUCUCUAUCUCUCUCUCUCUCUCUGCAAUUGGACGAAGAAGGAGGUUAGUGUUCGUCAAAAGCUCGAGGAGGCUCUUCAAACCAAUGGAUUUUGGAGAUCGCCAUCUCUCUCCCUUCCAUCUUUCUGUAUAAACCAUUGACUGGGGUUCAGUUGACACAGCCAUCUCCAAACACUGACAUAUUUGACUAAAACUCGAAAGGAGGACACAGUUGCCCAGGACCCUAGUGCUAAUAUUAGUAGAACCGAGGGUUCAUUACUAGAGAGAGCAUAUGCCUGGGGACAAGUACAACAGUAAUUCAUCCCACAUCCCAAAUCGAGUUGAACGGCUCUUGAGAGAAAGGGAGCUAAGGAAGAAUAGCAGGGCCUCCCACUUGAAUGAAGCAAAUGAUAACAAUAGGGUGACUCAACCAUUUGAGCCUGACUUGCAGUUAAGAGAAGAUGAAAACUCAAAAGUUUCCUAUGUUGAACAAUUCUUGGAAGGGGCUGCAGCUGCAAGGGCGCUUACUGAUGGAUGUGAAAAGCAAGAAGGGCAGCCUCUCAGACAACGACAACGACUGUUGGUUGUCGCCAACAGGUUACCCGUCUCUGCAGUUAGGAGAGGUGAAGAUUCAUGGUCUUUGGACGUAAGUGCUGGGGGUCUGGUCAGUGCCCUUUUAGGUGUAAAGGAGUUUGAAGCAAAGUGGAUUGGUUGGGCAGGAGUAAAUGUGCCUGAUGAAAUUGGGCAGAAGGCACUUACUAAAGCUCUAGCUGAGAAGAGGUGUAUCCCUGUUUUUCUUGAUGAGGAGAUUGUUCAUCAAUAUUACAAUGGAUAUUGCAACAACAUUUUAUGGCCCCUUUUCCAUUACCUUGGACUUCCACAAGAAGAUCGACUUGCCACCACCCGGAGUUUCCAGUCGCAGUUUGCUGCAUAUAAGAAGGCAAAUCAAAUGUUUGCUGAUGUGGUCAAUGAGCACUAUUUGGAGGGUGAUGUAGUUUGGUGCCAUGAUUACCAUCUUAUGUUUCUUCCAAAAUGCCUGAAGGAUUACAACAGCAAAAUGAAAGUUGGUUGGUUUCUCCACACCCCAUUUCCUUCUUCUGAAAUCCAUAGGACACUGCCAUCACGAUCAGAGCUUCUCCGUUCAGUUCUUGCAGCUGAUUUAGUCGGUUUCCACACUUAUGACUAUGCACGGCACUUUGUUAGUGCUUGCACUCGCAUUCUUGGACUUGAGGGUACACCUGAAGGAGUAGAGGAUCAAGGGAGGCUUACUCGAGUGGCUGCGUUUCCCAUUGGAAUAGAUUCAGAGCGCUUCAUACGUGCACUGGAGGUUCCUCAAGUCCAAGAACACAUUAGGGAAUUGAAAGAAAGGUUUGCCGGGCGAAAGGUAAUGUUAGGUGUCGAUCGCCUUGAUAUGAUUAAAGGAAUUCCACAAAAGAUACUGGCAUUUGAAAAGUUUCUUGAGGAAAACCCAAGUUGGCGUGACAAAGUGGUUUUGCUGCAAAUUGCGGUGCCAACAAGAACGGAUGUUCCAGAGUAUCAAAAACUUACAAGCCAGGUUCAUGAAAUUGUUGGGCGAAUUAAUGGCAGAUUUGGAACUUUGACUGCUGUCCCAAUACAUCACCUGGAUCGUUCCCUUGACUUUCAUGCUUUAUGUGCACUAUAUGCUGUUACAGAUGUAGCACUUGUCACAUCCCUGAGAGAUGGAAUGAAUCUUGUCAGUUAUGAGUUUGUGGCAUGCCAAGAUGCAAAGAAAGGGGUCCUUAUUCUUAGUGAGUUUGCUGGUGCCGCACAGUCUCUAGGUGCUGGAGCAAUUCUAGUGAACCCAUGGAACAUCACAGAAGUUGCCAAUUCAAUUGCCCAAGCAUUAAAUAUGGACUCUGAAGAAAGAGAGAAGCGGCAUAAGCAUAACUUUAUACAUGUGACAACCCACACUGCCCAGGAAUGGGCCGAAACGUUUGUAAGUGAACUUAACGACACUGUCGUAGAGGCACAAAUAAGGACUAGAGAGGUGCCACCAGCACUUCCAAACAAGGAGGCGAUUGAAAGAUAUUCGAAAGCAAGUAAUCGAUUGAUCAUACUGGGAUUCAACGCAACAUUAACUGAACCAGUGGACACACCUGAGAGACGAGGUGAUCAAAUAAAAGAAAUGGAACUUAAACUGCACCCAGAGUUGAAAGAACCCUUGUCAGCACUGUGCAAUGAUCCACAAACAACUAUUGUUGUUCUCAGCGGGAGUGCCACAUAUGUUUUAGAUGAUAACUUCGGGGAGCUUGACAUGUGGUUGGCAGCUGAAAAUGGGAUGUUUUUGCGCCUAACAAAGGGAAAAUGGAUGACAACAAUGCCCGAACAUUUGAAUAUGGAAUGGGUUGAGAGUGUGAAGCAUGUUUUUGAGUAUUUCACGGAGAGAACACCCCGGUCACAUUUGGAUGACCGUGAAACUUCGCUUGUGUGGAAUUAUAAAUAUGCAGAUGUUGAUUUUGGAAGACUUCAAGCAAGAGAUAUGCUGCAGCAUCUAUGGACUGGUCCAAUUUCUAAUGCAUCUGUUGAUGUUGUUCAAGGUAGCCGGUCUGUAGAGGUGCGACCAGUUGGUGUCACAAAGGGUGCAGCAAUUGACCGUAUAUUGGGAGAGAUAGUUCACAGUAAAUCUAUGACAACACCCAUUGAUUAUGUGCUGUGUAUUGGACAUUUUCUUGGAAAGGAUGAAGAUGUUUACACCUUUUUUGAGCCGGAUCUUCCGCCUGAGCAGAUGGGUCUUCCGAGAAAGAUGACUGAUGGACAAAAGUUACCUAGUGAGAGAAGAUCUUCAUUGAAGGUUCCAUCAAGUAAAAGUGCCUCAAAAUCAGCUCAGAGCAAGACACAACGACCUUUACCAAAUCCUGAGAAGAAGAAUGCCACUCACAGCAAUGGGAAUGCACGAUGGCCGUCUCCUGAGAAGACUUCAUGGAAUGUACUUGACCUAAAGAGGGAGAACUACUACUCUUGUACCGUCGGGCGGACGCGUACAAAUGCUCGAUAUCUGCUUCAGUCUUCAGAUGAUGUUGUCUCAUUUCUUAAGGAGUUGGCUGGUGCCUCUUCGGCAAGUUCUUAAUCUCAAGAUUUAGAGCAUCUUCAACCGAUAUGUCAAAAGUGUCACAUAGAAAUUUAACGGCUAGAAAUUACAUCUCACAUCACUGCGACCGAAUUGCCAAAGCUGAUGUGGAAUAAAGGUUAGAGGUUCAGUCGUUACUUUUGACAUCCCAAAAGCAAAAUGUCAAAUGAAUAUUUUAUUAUUUUUUAAAGACA